AUGAUAAAAACGGAAGAACAUAUGGAUACAACUACGUCCAUGGUGGACGUUACUGAUGAUCAGGGAAUCAUCGUCGUCGGUGGUGGUGGCAAUAGUAACCCAUCGAGCGGGUACCACUACCGACCACACACAUCAAACAUCGUGAUGGCUUCGGCACACAUCAUAGAAAACCCAGCCCUUCAUCAUCAGCAGCAGCAGCAACAACAGCAACAGGACGACGGACGUGCCUGCGGACCAAUGAUGAGCCAUCCGUACCAUCAUGCUCCGUUUCACCAUCACGCACAGACCGUGUCUCAUUCGCACCCGCAGCAUCACGCAAACUUCCAGCAUCAUCAUCAUCAUAACCAUCAUCAGCACCAGCAGCAACAGCACCAGCAGCAGCAGCAGCAGCAUCAUCCGCAACAGCAUCCUCACGGGAUAGACGUGAAGGACGAGCUGGACGAACGCAACCAAUCGCCGCCGGGAAUAAUUGGUACCGUAGCGUAUCCGAGCAACAUCGAGCUUAAGCUGGAAGGUGAUGGUGGAAAGAUCCCAUCGAUGUACCAUCAUCAUCAUCAUCCGCAUCAUCAUGCGUUCGAUAAGCUACCGUCGUACUACAUCAACCACCGAUCGCCGUACCUCAUCUCGCAGAUAAACGAUCCGGAUCCGUCCGGUGCCGAUGGUUCGGGGCUUGGUGCGGAGUGUUUGAGAGCCACACCUGGAGCGUAUCUGUUGGAAAGUUCCAUCAACACGCUCAAGCUGACCGGAGAGCCGUCGGUGAUGAUGGGUUACGGAGGUGAGCUUCAGAGUGGACCAAUGGUGCAGCGAUCGCGCAGUAAUGGCAGUAGUCCAAGUGCUGGUAACGUUUCACCGAGCUCUUCGACGAUCGUUCCGAACCCGUUCAACGUGCAGCAACAUCAGCAGCAACAACACCAGCAGCACUCGGAUCCUCAGCAUCAGUAUAAUUUGCACCAACAUCAGAUCCACGAUGGAGCGCUUGGUCCAGAUCCAACGGGAAGUGUGUGCUCUGGUCAAAGGAAUGAAGUCGGUAUGGGUCAUAUACAGCAACAUCAAACGCAGGCAACCAGCACUAGCGGUGGGCACGUUACGAUCGGUAACGGAGGAUCACUUCAUCUCUCGAAAUCGGGCUCAGUUUCGCCCGUGUCGCAUAUUGGCUCACCUGGAUCGACUUCAACGACUCCACCGGUGGUGACAAACGCCAGCACAACGACACCAACAGGCUCGACGGGUCGCAAGGGUACAUCCUCGAACUCCGGUGGUGGAGAGCAACAGCUCAGCAGUACGACGGGCAAUGGGAGUUCUGGUGGUGCGAAUGGAUCUGCUGAAGGGCAAAAGAAACCCAACGGUGGCCGACGGCAGGAAAAACCGCAGCUCAGCUACAUCAACAUGAUCGUGAUGGCGAUCAAGGACUCGCCACAUCGAAGGCGCACAUUGAGUGAAAUCUACAAGUAUCUUCAAUCGAAGUACGAGUUUUUCAACGGUGAGUACAAUGGCUGGAAAAACUCCGUCCGGCAUAACCUGAGUCUGAACGAGUGCUUCAAGAAGCUGCCGAAGGAGUGUGGCAAACCGGGCAAGGGCCACUACUGGACGAUCGAUGCGUCGGCUGAGUACAUGUUCGAGGAUGAGGGUAGCUUACGACGACGGCCACGUGGUUUCCGGCGGAAGCAACAGCUCAAGGGAUACGGUGGAAGUAGCGCGUUCUACCCCACCGGAAACACCGGCUACGAGCUGACGGAGCUCUCGGGGGGCUAUCUAUCGCAGCCGUACGGUGGAUAUGCGGAGUACGCCAGCAUUCCUCCACCGUCGGCUGUGAUAGGGCAAAGCACCUCGGGAAGUGGCACACACCAACCGGGUGGAGGAUAUGCCGAUUCGGCUUCAUCCACCACCGGGUCUUCUAGUUGGCAUUACCCAACGGCUGCGGACAGUUUGAGUCAGUACUCGAAAAUCACGCACACGUCGCUGCAUGAGCCCUUGCAGACUCCAGGAUCUCCAGCGCAACAGACACCUGGGACGGUGUUGGAGUAUGGCAACUACACUUUCACUAAUGCGGCCACGUCUCCUUACGGACUCGAUGCAGGCUUAAAGAUGCCAUCCCUGUCACAAAUGACGGUGCCACCUGCUUCAGGUGCAGCGUCAUCCUCUGCCACCGGAUCGACGACCCCGGGCACGACAAAUGGAGGAUCUCCUGCCCUUGGUGCGAUGGUACUGGGCAGCCCGGGAAGCAACGAAACAGCGCCAUCUAGCGUGGUCAUCGUCGGAGGUGUAACGGAUGGUGAAGCCACAUCCUUAGACUGUAAAACCGGUGGUGUGUACGGUGUUGGUGUGGGGCAUGCAAUGCUCGCGAACGGAACACCGGUCAGUAAUGCUCCGUCACCGUCGGGACAGCUGCACCAGCACAACAUCGGAAAUCAUCAUCAUCUGCAUCAUGCGCACCUGCAAACGCACCAUCAUCACGCGCAUCAUCCACACUCCCACCACACACAUCCACACCAUCAUCACCACCAUCAUGGUAAUCACCUGAAUCUGGCGGCGCCGUACUGAAGACACCGCGAUGGCGGAAACGACCGCUCGGCCAGGUGAAACUGGCGGCCAUCUUGGAUUGUAUGGUUGGCUCGGUCGCGGUUGGCUGGUUGUAAAUAGUUGUGUGGAUGUGUGCGAUCAGGUGUAAGAGAGCGAGAGAGCGUGAGUGAAAUUACAUGAGAGAAGGACAGUUAGAGAGAGAGAGAG